AUGGCGGACGAAAUUAUCAGAAAGUUGGUUAGGUAUCUAAUAUGCCCAAAAUCCACUAGGUGGAAUUCGUAUUAUGAGUCUAUGGUUUUGCUAGAUAAAAUGUUAGAUGAAAAACAAAAGGACCUUGAUGAGUUGUGUGAUAACCAUGGGCUUAUACGUUUUAACUCCCAAGAACAUAAAUUUAUUAAAGAGUAUAGUCAAGUUAUGGAACCUAUGAAAAAAGCUCUGAAAAUCUUUGAAGGGGAGCUUCAUAUGGACAUGGGUUUCCUAAGUCCUACCAUUUUUAAACUCAUUUCGAAAUUAAAUGAAUUAACAGAUUUAGAGUUUUGCCAACCUCUUGUAAAGUCUCUCAUCAGCGUACCUGUUUAUCCUGGUAUGUUAUAUAAAUCAAAAAAUUCUCCUGAACAAGUGUUACAUCAUAUACAUUCUAAUCCAGAGCAAGAUAUAUUAUCUUUAAAUUCUGAUCAACAGAUAAUUUUUGAUGAUUUAUGUUACUACUUAUCUGUGAAUGCCCUAAAUCAUCAUAGAUCACCUAAAAAUGAUUUAUCUAUUUUGCCAGUUGAUUUGAAAAUUAAGCUACUCAGUAAACCCAAAGUUGAAAGGAAAUUCAUUGUUUCUAGGUACAUGAACCCAGAAAACUAUGCCAAUCCAUCAAUGCACAAUAUCGGAGAAGUAAAUCCUGCCACUUAUUUGGUCUCCUUCUUACCCCCAGAACAUAGAAAAUUUACUCCCCUAUUUUGGGCGGUGGUUUGCGAUUUACCCUGUGAAUUAAUAGCUUUUCUUGUAAAAGAAUGUGCCGCCGAACCCGAACAAGAGUGCUUUUGGGAUUGGGGAGCUGCAUGUGGAUGGGAAGGAGAAAAAGAUAGGGACAAGAUCAGUUUCAAUGCCGUCAUUGUCAGACGAAUAAAUGCCCUAAACUCGAGUCCAACUGCUUUCGCCGUCUCAAAUGAUAAUGGAAUCAUACAAACUAGUGAUCCAAUCAGUGCAUCCUUGAAUGAUGAUAUGAAUUAUGAUCCAGAUUCAGGCUCAAGCCAUUCUGCCCAAGAUUUAAACGAUUUAAAUAGUAUUUUUGAUAAUGUUACAUUCCUCGACACUAAUAUGUCUAACAAUUAUAGUGAAGAUAUGGAAAACCUGAAUAACCAAAAUAAUAACGCCAGUGUCCAUAAUUUCCGAAAUAUUCAAGAUGAAAUAUCCGAUACCUACCCCUCGAUUCUUGAUACAAUUCCCGUUCAGCCUAUUGGUAAUUUUUCUGCACACCUUAAUUAUCACAUCACUCAAAACGCAUAUCACGAACCUAUGCGCGACGGCUCAUCUAACCACAAUGUUCUCGACUUUUCGCGCCACCAACUUGUGACACCCUUAUGGGGUGCCGCCGUUCUGGGCCGAAUUCUCGCCGCCCGUGUCUUAACACGUAUUGGGCGUGCGCGCGCUGACACACGUUCAGCGACGACGGGUAGUACGGCUUUACGCUCUGCCUGUUUUUUAACACGGCACUCUGUGGCGGCUUAUCUCGUAGAAGUCUGCGGGGCCAAUCCUUGGGCUGUCAAUCAUUUCGGCGGUACUCCCCUUAUUAAUUCCGUCCAAUGUCCCCUUUUAUGUGAAUAUCUUAUAAGGAGAUGUGUCACAGGUGGAAUAGCUCGAUAUAAAACUAAGUGUGGGAAAGAUAUUGGAAAUAACGAAACUGCCCUUAAUUCUAAAGAAGGCGAGAUAGAUGCUUAUUAUCAUGAUUAUUACGACAUCAAUAUGCCACCUAUUAACCUCAUUAUUGAAUCAAAGGCUACAAAUAGCCUACAAGAAAGUAUUGAUCAGAGUCCCGAUGCGAAAUCUAGAGUGAUCAGAACUAUUUUUGUGAAUCGAGCCGAUGCGCAGGGAAAAACCGCUCUGCAUUACGCGGCUCAAGAGGACCAUUGCGCCAGCGCAAAUGUUUUGAUGAAUUAUGGAGCCAAUCCUGGUAUUCGUAAUAGAUUUGGAAAUGACGUUUGGGAAACCUGUGGCCUAUAUGGCUCUACUCGCGUCCUCAACGUUUUAAUUCGAUUUGAUUCAAACAUAUCGAAUAACGGGAAAACUAAUUUCCAAGAUUGCUGUAGAUGUAUUAGUAAUAAUACUCACCUAAACUUUGACAAUUAUAAUAUUCCUAGGCAUAAUGAAAAGGGCAAUAUUGAGAUGGCUAACAGCUGCAAUAUUAUAGAAAGCAAUAGUGCGUUUAUAAAUAAUUUACAUUCAAAUUAUGCCAACGUUAAUAGGGGUAUAAUCGAGAACAACCACACUUUUAUACCUAUCGUUCCUGAAGAUCAAAUCAGUCGAGCUUACUAUCUUUUAGGAAGUACUGCAAUCGACGAAAACGAUGACAUACCACUAGCUGCGAGUUUUUUUCAUUUAGGGCUGCAACGUAGAGAAGCGAUAGCGUAUAAAAUUUUAUCGUCAACGCAAACACCUAACAAAAACCUACAAGUUUCUUCAAGCACUAUAAAAAAUCUGAUUAGCUCUUCCCAUCCUAAAUUUCAUUGUUUAAUGCCUCUGAACAUUCAGGAAUUUGCUUCUUCCGCAGAGCUUGAAGCAUUUAUGGAUGGCGGUGGCGAUAUGAUCUUACCCCACCUUCAAACCGCGCUUUUGACCGAAAGAAUUCUCGGACCCUGGCAUGAAGUCACUCAAAAUCGGCUGAUCAGAUGCGCUUUCAAGCUAUUGGCCUUGGGAGAGUACCCUGCUCCAUGCAUAACGCUCUGUAUUUAUGCCUUACAGUCUUGUUUAGCCACCUGUUAUGAUUAUUAUUCUUAUAGUAAGGAUAUCACAAGUAAUAAUACGGGUUUGUUAAGAGAUUACUCACCUAUAAUUGGCACACAUUCUCUCUUUGACGACCACACUUGCUGGCUGAUUACUACCUUGGUCAAGGCGGUGUCAGAAUAUGAGAACAAGUACAGAGUGGGAUAUUUUCAUCUCAAUUCUCCCCUUUCCCCUACUCACACAACAAAUCGAGCUUCUAGAAUUAGUUCUCAAACUUUGCUGACUUUGAUUUCUAUUCUAUUUCGAUCCGUGAUUUCAUCCAUGGUGUCAGCAUUCACAGGAACUGACUCAUACCUAUGUACAUUAAUGGCAUCUUCAUCUCGCACCCCUUACACAUCCUACAUCCCUACCUUUCAAGGGCCAGUAUGCCCUAGCCACCGGGUCAAUUUUAAUUCCAUACUUUCCUCAUCCCUCUUCUUACUCUACCUAACAUUUCUUCGCGUUGAACCUGAAUUCCGCUCCUCACUCUCCUUUAUUCUCCAAGGUGGUUUACCCGUUUUUCUGCCGCCCGACGCCUCUACCUUGGUUCACCAUUUGGCGGACUUUUUAACUCCCCUUCGAUGGGAACCGGAACCAAACUCCUUUAGGCGAGACCACCUCCAUUCUUUCGUAGACUGGCUAUUAACCGCUUGGCGCCCGCUUGCGGCCCAUCUCCAUACGACUGACUACAAGGGGGCUACCUUUAUUCAUCGCUUACUAUCUCCUAUAUUUGUAAAUUUUUCAAUAGAUUCCAUAGAUUACUGUAAAUCGCCAUAUACUAUCUCUUUAUUAAAGAUGAUGAUCGUAAACUUCGGUGUUCACCUAGACACUCCUAUUAGCCUUAAUUGGCGAUUACCACAUAAUGUGUCAUCUCAAUCACCGAAAUCGGAUACUCAAAUAUUGAAUGGCGCAAAGACUGGUCAAAUCACUCGCAUAUGCAAUAUUAUACCGUUUGAGACUAUUGAGACUGGGACGGUCCCUCCGCUCACAUGUUUGGCUGCACGGGCCAUUAAUUUAUCCAAUAAUUUUAGUAGCAUUACUUCUUUACUUCCCUUGGGAGUGGCAGAACUUAUACAUAUACAUAACUUGGUUCCCCUAACUUGAAAUUAGGGGAGAGGGGUGUUAUAAUCAACUAUUGAAAUAUCUAUUUGGCCGACGUAAUAUAUUCUAGUCUCAACUUAAAAUUUUUCCAGAGUAUUUCUCUAAUAAUAUUUAAAUAUUUUGAAUUACUAGUAAAUCAAACAAUCAAUGUUUUUAUUAUCACCAUUGGGUUGUAUUGUAAAAACAUAAUUAUAACUUUUUAUGAUUUUUUUAAAAUUCAAACUCCGUUAAUUAGGUUCAUGUCGCAUGGAGAUAAGUUAUUUUUGUUAAAUUAGUGUCUAACAUUUUUAAUAUUAUCUGCAAAGCUCAAAUUCUAUAUUGUCACUAUAAUGAUCUUAUACCUAUUUCUAUGCGAAAAAUAUUCAGAUAUUAUAUUAAGAUCUUUAAAUUAUAAUAUAUGUUAUCUAUAUGUUUUUAAAAAUAAAAUUUUAUAUUAUUUAUAUA